GCUUGUGUCGCUAUGGUGACGGGGCUGUGCCCAAGGAGGUUGUGAUGGGUUGACAGGUGCGUGACAAUCGGAGGCUCUCUGUAAGCAUGUACGCCAAAGGCAAGAGCAGCAACGUGCCGUCCGACAGCCAAGCCAGAGAAAAAUUGGCUCUUUACGUGUAUGAGUACCUGCUGCAUGUAGGAGCACAGAAGUCAGCACAGACCUUUCUCUCAGAGAUCCGAUGGGAGAAGAACAUCACGUUAGGAGAACCUCCAGGGUUCCUCCAUUCAUGGUGGUGUGUUUUCUGGGACCUUUACUGUGCAGCUCCAGAGAGGAGAGACACAUGUGAACACUCCAGUGAAGCCAAGGCCUUCCAUGACUACAGCGCUGCGGCAGCUCCCAGCCCUGUCCUAGGGAACCUUCCCCCAGGAGAGAGCAUGCCAGUGGGGCCGGUUCCUCCAGGAUUUUUCCAGCCCUUCAUGUCACCUCGAUACCCUGGAGGACCCAGGCCGCCCCUCAGACUACCCAAUCAGGGCCUUGGAGGAGUUCCAGGUAGCCAGCCUAUGUUACCUACUGGGAUGGACCCCACAAGACAGCAAGGGCAUCCAAGCAUGGGAGGACCAAUGCAGAGGAUGACUCCACCUAGAGGGAUGGUACCUCUGGGGCCCCAGAACUAUGGAGGUGGGAUGAGACCCCCACUGAAUGCUUUGGUUGGUCCUGGGAUGCCUGGCAUGAGCAUGGGACAUGGAGGUGGGAGACCCUGGCCAAAUCCUCCAAAUUCAAACUCUACUCCCUACUCGUCUGCAUCCCCAGGCAGCUAUGUGGGACCUCCAGGAGGAGGGGGUGCACCUGGAACCCCAAUAAUGCCGAGUCCAGCAGAUUCUACUAACUCUGGUGACAACAUGUACACCAUGAUAAACACAGUCCCUCCUGGUGGAAGCCGGCCGAAUUUCCCAAUGGGAGGCGGGAGCGACGGCCCAUUGGGGGGAAUGGCAGGGAUGGAGCCGCAUCACAUGAAUGGAUCUUUAGGGUCCAGCGACAUGGACAGUCUCUCCAAGAACUCUCCUGGUAACCUAAGUAUGAGCAACCAACCAGGGACACCCAGAGAGGACGGAGAGAUGGGGGGAAACUUUCUUAAUCCAUUUCAGAAUGAAAGUCAGUAUUCUCCAAACAUGACAAUGAGCGUGUGAAGACUCAGAAAGCAGGUUUUUCUCAGUCGCUCACAAACCUGUCUUUGGGGAAAUCCAGAUGAAGCAGAGAGACACGAUUUGACAUCUUUUAGGCCAGUGACUCAUCAUUCGCCAUAGCUGACCCCCGACCCCCGACCUCCAGGCGCAAGUUACCCCAAACCCUCCGUGGUUUCUGCCCAUGUCUCUUCUUUUCUGUUUCUUCAAAGUGGUGACUCUGCUACAUUCAUCAGUUCUUCCUCUUACAACUACAAGACAGUACAAAGGAAACCAACUGAAUCAAGCAAGAGGAGAACUCUUUGUAUAUUUGCAUCCGAUGUGUAUGGAGCAGCAUAUGCACAUCCAACAAGUGACUGAUAGAAUACGUUCUACUGAAGAUAAUUGAAAACAAGCCACAGUAUCCAGAAUGUUGUCUUUAUUUUAAUUUAUCUAACUGUUAAACAUGUUUUCAGCUUUGUUAUGAUAAAUUCUGUUUUUUAUUACAACAUAAAUGCAAACCCACCUCAGUCACAAGCCUCUUAGCCUUAUUUCAGUCUCUUGCAGUUAUUUGAGACGCAUUUUCAACGCCUGUGGUUGUCUACGGCGUUGCAUCAUUUUAUUUAUUUGUGCUUUGAAGAAAUCCUGUUGAAUAUUUUCCGAAUUCGACCACAAAUAUGGCACACAUCCUUCCGUUUGUCUCACCAAACAGGUAAAACAAAAGAAGAUAACAAUCAGCAAUUAUCCAAAGUUCGAUUUCAACACAACCUGAAUAUAAUUUUGUAACAAUCAGUCACUAUUGAAACAAAAGACUGCCACCUUUACUUUUUAUUUAUUUAUUUUAUUUACAUAUAUAUAUAUCCACUUGACCUCUAUGUAAUGGAUCGUGUUAUGCUUUCAUUAAUUCAUUUGUAAAAGAAGAAAAAAAUAACUUGGAAGAGCAGCAAAGAUAAUUGAUGAUAGUUUUCAGGCAAUACUACUGUGCAGUUAGAAAGUUGUCACUUGCUUUCCAAGCAAGGGGAAUUGGCCUCUUUCUGUAUUUAACUGAAAAUCAUUGUUGUGAUGUAACUCAUGAGCUACAAGCUCAAAUUGUCGGACUUUGGGCUCUGUUCACGGCAUACCUGCAAUACAACAUUUGAACAAGAGUUAGUAAAAUGCUGUCUUUUCUUCAGUGAAAGCAACCAGAACUUGCAUAUUUUUUGUGGAUUCUCUGACCUCUUCUGCUUUUCACAUUGCUUCACAGUAUUCCUGCGUCUACAUCCCGGAACCACGAAAUGCACAGUGGUGUCUAAUUCUCUGUAUUCAGCUGAGACACAGAUGAACGGCAAGUGUCAAUCUCAGAGCGCACUGACUACUCCUAAAACAAUUGUCAUCCGGUGAAACUGUGAUUUUAAUAUGAUUUUAAAAUGUGAUUUGGUACAGAAAGCUAAAAGCUUGUUUUGACUCAUUUAAAAAAAAACUUUCCAGUGCCCAUGAUUGCCACUAUGUACAAAGGUCAAUAUUUGUGUGAACAUGCUCCUUUCCAUGCUUCAACAUGUACAGGUCACAAAUGUAGCUCCUCUCUCUUGUGUGUGUAUUUGAUGUAAUUAUUAUUUGAAUGUUACUCUGCAGAGAAUCACUGAAGUGGGAGUAAUGGACUGAUAAGCCACCAUCACAGCUGAAAAGAGACAUUUUAAUCUUAUUUUGUGUGCGUGCGUGUGCGUGUGUGUGCGCGUGUUAGACUGAAGCCAUAAAGUGGGAGCAAAAGAAGAUAAGUUUGUAAAUUAGAUUACGUUUCUGUUUUGUGACGCUAUGUGGGAUUUCAUUUGUGAUGUGUUUGUUUUUCUCUUUUUUAUUCUUGUAUUAUGUUUUUGUAGAUAAGCGGAGAAGUUUCAUGGGUUUCAAAUUUGCUGGUAUAAAGCUUCUCUUCCCUUAGUCAUCUGUGUCUUUUGAAUCAUUGUAUUGAUGUGGCCGUAAGUGAAUGUUUGCAGCUUGUUAGCAGAAAUUAUGUACCUUCCAAGUCAUGUCAUCAAGCAACCAAUCAAUCAAGUUUAUUGGUAUAGCACAUUUCAGCAACAUGGCAGUUUACAUCAUCAUGUCAUGGUUUGGUCUUAAUCUUGUCAUAUGGUUGUUUAAAACCUGAAAACACCUAAAGGAUACUUUAUGUCAUCACAGAUUUGCUGCUUGCCCCCUGAGAGCAGUGAUGUCUGAAAGAGCAGGAAGCUGACAUGCAGUAAAAUGUCAUUGAAACCUGACUCUAAAAUAAUAAGCCUGGUCAUAUAAACUGAUGGUGGCACCACGUUAAAAUACAAGUUGAUGGUGACAAUAAAUUUGGUUGCAAAUCUUGUUUCUAAAUGGCCCCAAAACAGAUCGUAAUUUGUAAAACAUAACCUAAUUAUAUGGGUUUAAACACCAAUGAAAUGUGCAGACAAAUACAGAUUUUACAGUACAGUGUACAUUUGGUUUAAAGAGAUACAAAGUAUCAGAAGAGGAGAAAAGAAAACCAUUUGAAAAAAACAUUUUCUGUGUCCUGUUAUAUAAUUUUUAAAGCCCUCAGCAAGCCUUGAAGAAUACCACACCUGCCAUUGAAUUAAACUAAAUAAAACUCGUAGUUUUAAAACCAGCAUGAUCUAUUUUGAUUAUGAUUAUUUGAUUAAUUUUGCAGACUAAAAAGGAAAGUCCCAUAAAUGUCCAGCCAACAGGCCAGUUGCAAAGAACUCCAUGUGAGUGCCCUUCAAAUUGUGAGCAGAUAUUAACCAUUGUCCUCUGCACACAAAUUUCAGACAAAAACCAUAAUCUAAAUAAAUGGGCAUCUGAGUCACUGCUGUGAUGAUGUAACACAGUCCCUUUGCUGCACAGACCUCCCACUGCCAACUCCCAUUUCUCUCUCUGUUACAUAAGAUAUUGUCUCCUAGUCUUUGUCCAGACCUUCCUGAAAGAGCUCAGUUGUCCUGUCCUUCCAGCACCAUCCACUUCCAGCUUCCCACCAUGUUUGUUCGGAUUUGCUUCGCUUUGCUGGCUCUCCCUUCUCUGACUGCCGCAUCUGAUCCAGGCUGUGAUGAACUGAUAAAACCUCUAGAGGACCGAAGCAAGAUUUAUGGAAAAUGGAUUUUCUAUGCUGCAGCGUCUGACAAUGAAGAAGAGCUGAACUCGUACAAAAUCUCCAGCAGCUCCAUGUCUAAAAUCUCCCCCAUACCUGAUAGUGACGAGUUCAUCAUGCACUAUGUGGACAAAAUUGAAGGAAAUUGUGUUUAUGUAACUCCAGCACCUCGGGAAACUCCACUAAGGUGAUCUUUCACUUUAACUCCACUGCUUACGUGCAUGUUGGGAACUAUCUGGAGACGUGCGCUGAAUGUGUCCUCUGGUCAGACGAGGCUUUGACAGAGGUCAACGGGGCAGUUAGAAAAAGCCGGAACCUCUACCUCUUCACAAAGACAGGAAAACUGGACCCAUCCGAUCAAGAGACGUUGAACAAACAGGCCAAGUGUCUCAACCUCAUUCCAGAUUUCUAUUUUCCAGAAACUACAAAUCUGUGUCCUGAAGAAAGUGAGCCUACCGUUGCCUCAACAAAUGCAAACGCUGAAGAACAAUAAUGUUAUCACCUUCAUUCCCUUCACUGUUGCUGAUUCUGAAGUCUGACAUAAAUCUGCUUAUGUACAUUCACAGUUAGACUCCUUAUGCAUAAUUGUUUGUAGUUAUGCAGAAAUCUCUUACCAGGAGCAAAUCCAAUAUUAUGUUCUCGAUGUAUUCAGUUGAUUCCUUAUGCUGCAAAUGUCUAGAAUGAAAAUAUUAGUUUUGGCUUUAUUUAAACGUUACUGUUAGAAACAUCUAGAGGCUAUUUCAAGUUUAUGUUUUUCGUCUUUUGGAAUAAGUCAGGUGAUUCUUUCACCCUGCAAGCUCAAAGCAUGGUCUUUAAUGUGAUUAAACGUUUAUCAAUUUUUUAAUGAAAA